AUGUGACGUCAAAGUAGUCAAUGUAGCUACACGAUAGAAUAUUUCUGACCCUCUGUUACGUCAUCAAAGUUUAGAUAUAUCAUAUAUAAAUUUCCACACCAAACAAGUAAAGUCAGUUCUUAGCCAUACUAAGGUUGUACAAGGUCUUACGUAUUCAGCGAAAGAACCAAGCGUUCAACAUGAUAUCUUCUGAAUCCGAACAGUACGACUACACGGACGAUUUAGGCUAUGGGAUGUUCGGCACGGUCGCGACUUACGAGCGGCAGAGCGACAAGAAAAUCGUUGCAGUGAAGAAAUUGUUCCGCGCGGGCAAUCGGAUGGCCAUCCGAGAAGCACGACUUCUAUCCGCUCUCAUGGCCCAUAACGCGUACAAGCACCACAUUAUCCGCUUCUAUGAAGGUUUUUCGCACGAUUUUUUCUUUUACAUAGUGGAAGAGGCACUGGAACAGAACCUGAAUAAGUAUCGGAAGACGAACGCGCUGAAGAAGUUUGAAAUCCGGGACAUCCGGACGAUUAUGUUGCAGCUGCUCAUUGCGCUGGCCAAACUGGAGGACAUGGGGAUCGUCCAUACUGACAUCAAGCAGGACAACAUCCUGCUCGUUAACCAGGGCCGUCAGCCCUUCAGGGUGAAGCUGGCCGACUUCGGCUCCGCAAUGACCGCCAACGAGCUGGCUAAAAUGUGGACGCCAUACAUUCAGCCCAGAUUUGUUCGAGCACCCGAGGUCCUCCUGGCCUGUCCGUGCGACCCGAAGAUCGACAUGUGGUCUCUGGGCUGCGUGAUGGGGGAGAUGGCAAUUGGCCGCAUGGUGUUCCCCUCGCUGUGUGAGCUUGAUCUGGCCCACAGCAUCUUUGGCACCCGGGGAAUGCCCUCUGCCGCAAUGCUGAGCUCAGGCAUCAAAACAAAGAAGUUUUUUGAUCGGGUGGAAACCAGCAAGGGUGUAUAUGGCUGGCAGCUGAAGCCAUACAAUGGGAGGCAGCUGUUCUCAGGGACCCAGAGCUUGAGGGGGUAUGCGCCAGCCAACCUGGACCUACUGCGAAACAUGGAGGAGCUAGAACACGGCUCAGAAGUGCAGGAUUUUGCAGAGUUGGCUGACCGCAGGAGCCUGGUGGACCUGCUCAACCGGAUGCUGGUCCUCGAGCCAGAGAAGAGGGUCGGCCCCAACCAGGCCCUGCGGCACCCUUUCCUGACCCUGAAACACCUCAGCGGGCGCGCAAAGCCCCGCGCGCAGUACUCGCUGCAGGGGUACAGGGAGGCGGGCGUGUGUCCGCCCCAGGACCGGGCGUGGAACUGCGACUCCUCCUCUGAGGAGAGCGACCCCGAGGUCCCAAAGAAGAAGAGGAGGCGCUCCUUGAGACGGUCGCUGCGCUCGUUUUUCUCGCGCGUCUUCUCACGCCGGCGCAAGAGGCAGCCUGCGGCCUCUCAGGUCAACGUAGACCCCCCGGAGGGUCCCAGCUCUGCCGCCCGCGGAGGCCAGCCGGCCCAAAACCCCGUGACGACGGAGCAGCAAAGCCCGGAGGCCUCGAGCAGCAGUUCAGCCUUCGAGUCCGAGGAGAGCAGCACUGAGGACAGCGGCGGCGCUCCGGCCGUCCCCGAGGGGCCCCCCAAAAAGAGGGGCUUCCUGAAGUGGCUGCGGACCCGCUUUUCGGAAUGGCGGGGCAAGAAGUCCGCCUCCUCUCCGGGCAGCGACAGCAGCCUGUAGGGUUUCGGGGAGGUGGAGAGCACGGGAAACGCCAGAAGAUGGUGUGGUGAGGGUUGUCAUGGGUCUGGCCGUUCUUUGCUGCAAAAAAAAAAAGGGAAAAGGGUUUUGAGAAUCUUCUGAUGUUUGGUUAUGUGCUGACUGCACGUAUUGGUAUGGGACACACAGACCCAGUAGAAAUAGCCUUCCUUUUUUAAAUGUUCUGAGAAUGCUGUCAUUGUACCCCUCAGCUAAAUGUAGCUGAAUUAACCACUUAUUCCUGUUACUUGGUGAGGGUAGUGAAGUUAGGAUGCCAAUAGUAACGCGCCAGGCCAAGAGAGAUUGGUAAGUAAGUUCUCUUGCUGCAUCCGAGCAUCUGUCCACACAUCUGCUCUUUUGCAAUUGGUGAGUAUUAUCGGUGUGCAUGUGCGUGUGUGGGGUUUUAAGAGAUUUAAAAAAAUAAUAAUUAUCCAAAAAUUAUCCAACCUCUUAUAACCUCAUCCCAUAACCUUAGCCAUUGAUGGGGGUGAAAGAUAAAUGGGCUAAAACUGGUCCCAGGUCAGUACUCUAAUGAAUAUGGGCUCAUGAGUUUUUUCCAGCAGGGCUACCGGGGCACUGGGGUCCACAGUCGAGAAGGGUAGAGGAGGUCAGCUACGAUAGGCGCGGAGGCACACCACCGAGCAUGGGCAGAAAGCGGUCGUGGAGAUUCGAUUUCGCGCCCUCUUUGGUGGUUGCCGUGGCAAUAAGAAGUCGGGUCACCGCUCCAGGACAGUGAUGCCGGACUGUAGGACAGCGCAAAAAAAACCGAAGAUGGAGAAAAGUUGUGAGGAGGGAAAUCAUGUGACUUGGAUUGCUGCAAAAUAAAUUGUGCUGAAGUCUUUGACAUUUGGUUAUAAUAAGACAUCUAUAGAUAUGUGCUGACAAAACAUAUUGACAGUGGUGCACAAGGCCAAUAGAAAUAGGCUAAUUCAGUUUCACUGAAUGCUGUUAAUGUACAUCUCAGCCAAAUGCAAGUCAUAAUUCCUUGAUCUCACUUUUAAGGCCAGUUGGUUGUUCCUUAAAAUCCUUUGCAGCAUCAAUUUAUGGAGAUGGAUGACAGCCCUGGUCCAUAUUCAGAAAACCAUCCGAGCAGGAGUGGUGAUCUUGAGCAUGAAUAUGGGCCUGGCUGAUGGGCUACCAGGAGCCUGGCAUCCACUAACAGCCCAGUCUAGAGGGAAUGCGAUCGGACUGCACCUCCCUGUACUCCCUCCAGUUCCCCACAGAGAAUGUUUGUGACUCUCUGUGUGCUAAAACAAUAAGCUAUAUAAAUAAAAUGUAAUUUAACUGUGUCAACAGACCUCUUUCAGUAAUGAGAGAAGAUUAUUAGAAAAUAAAUGGGUUAAGACAUGUAAACUGCA